CCAUCAUCUUGAGGCAGUCUCCACAGCCGUGAGGCAAGAGUGAUCUAUGAUCAAGUCAUAAACACGGUCGACAGUGGACACUUCUCGCAUAGCUUUGGAGCACUUGAACACUCUCGAUCAAGAGCAGCCAGAGAUCAAAUUACAAACCUCAUCACCCCUAAGCGCAAGUCAACUCGAGCUGGACAGCCCCCAACGUACACGCUCGCGUCGGCCCCGGACAAGAUCGGUUUCUUGAAGUCGCCACGCCGAAUUCAGCUCGUUGCGCGCAAUAGGACAACACAUACGUGUAUCUCCAGCACCCAUCUGCCCACUGAUCGCAAUGGCGCCAUCGCGCGCGCCCAUCAAUGGAGGGCCAAACGCCUCCUCUCCGCCCGUGGCAGAACGCAUUCGACCUCAAACCGCCUCCGAAAAACAAGCUGCGCAUCUCGAAAAGCUUUUGAAGGAUCCCGAUCGUCCAGUGCACAUUCCGAAACCAGCAAAGGAAAAGGAGUUGAGACCUCCGAGGGAGAUGAUGAAAAAUGUGUCGGGAAGCAGCGCGGGUGCUGGGAGUGGAGAGUUUCAUGUUUACAAGCAUGCUAGGAGGAGAGAGUAUGAGAGAGUUAGGUUGAUGGAAGAAAAAGAGGCAAAGUCCAAAGAAGCAGCCGCUUUCGAAGCUCAACAAGCCGCUCUCGAAGCUGAAUCCGAAGCCAAGACGAGCAAGAAUCGAGCAAAGCGCGACAAGAAAAAGGCUCGUGCAGCCGCUGCUGCGGCGGCGGCAGCAGCAGCAACAUUAGGGUUGGAAGGCGGGUCUUCCAAAUCGGCUAGCCAGAUUGGUGGAGCUUUAGAUGCAGAUGCAGAGGGAACUGCUGAGCGGGAGGAUGCUCAGGAAGUGCGAGAAGAAGGAGAAGAAGAAAGGGAAAAGAAGAAGAGAAGGAUUGCUAGGCCUGUUGAAGGUGCUGAUGUGGCUUUUAAAAGGCCCGGUGUGCAAAGCGACGAGGAGUAAGGGCGUGAUCAUGAUGCUACUAGGAUUUCCGUCGAUCGAGCUAUCGGCCCGAUCAGGCUACUCGAUGCCCACUCGGUCGUGUCAAGCACAGACACGCUGCUUCACGUGCAGAGGGCCGAUUGGCCAACGUUUCGCCGAUUUUGCGUGUACCUGACCCUGUCACGCCCUACCAAGGAAAUGAGAGAUUUGGGAAAAGGGUAUGCGGGAUGCUGAUGCACGCGCACGCAGCUGAUGCGGCCCUCAUUCCGAUUUCAUCGCCUCGCCUCGCCUCGUCUGCCUCUGUCCCACUUGCAC